AUGGUGCUGAACCGAACACGUGGCGUCUCAAAAUUAACAAUCGCCUUGAUAAUCGCUUGUAGUUGUGGCCCGUUUGCCAGCGGUACGGUGGUGAAAAUAGAAAAUUGACCGAUCGUGGGGGACUUUCGAGGGCAUUAUUAUGCGUUCGAAGGUAUCCCAUACGCGAAGCCACCCGUUGGAGAUCGUCGCUUUGCACCGUCGGAGCUAAAUGACGAGCGAUGGAUCGAGCCGAAAAACGCCACUAGCCUUGGAUCGUUCUGCAUGCAGUGGAGCCACACGAUCCCGACCAAGGAUAAGCUAUUCGGCGAGGAAGACUGCCUAUACCUGAACGUGUACACUACCUCACUGGAGGAAACGGCAGAAUUGUCAACGGUGCUGUACAUCCACGGCGGUGCGUUCAUGUUUGGUGGCGGAGGAUUCUUUUCACCCGAGCAUGUGCUGCGCAAACCGAUGAUCAUGGUCACGUUCAACUACCGUGUGGGUCCGCUAGGGUUUCUCAGUACCGAGGACGACGUGAUUCCCGGCAACUUUGGCCUCAAGGAUCAGGUAACGGCCAUGCGGUGGGUGAAGAAAAACAUCCAUCGCUUCGGAGGCGACCCAAAACGCGUCACGCUAGUGGGCUUUUCUGCGGGUGGUGCCAGUGUGAAUCUACACUACCUGUCGCCUAUGUCACGGGGGCUUUUCCAGAACGGCAUUGCCCACAGUGGCACAGCCCUGAACCCGUGGGUGAUGGCGGAAAAGUCUGCUCACAAAACGAAACAUAUCGCCCAGGCGCUUGGAUGCUCCGUUGGUGAAUCGACUCAGUCGAUCCUGUCCUGCUUACGCAAGCAGCCUGCGGAAGAUAUCGUCCGGCAGGUACCAUUUAUGCUGGAUUACCUCUUCAACCCGUUUUCGCCACUUGGUGUGGUGAUCGAGAAACAAAGCAAGCUCAAUCCCCGUCCGUUUCUAGCCGAUCACCCCGCGGUACUAUCGAAGAAAGGAAAGCUGACAAAAGCUCCGCUUAUUCUGUCCGUUACCCAGGCGGAAGGCUUAUACCCGGGGGCAGAAUUCAUCAGCCGACCGGAGUACCUAAAGGACAUCGAUUCGCUCUGGUACGAACUGUUACCGAGCAUUCUCGAUUACAAGACGGCUGUCUCGGACGUAAAAAACCGCGAUGAACUAUCGCGUGCUAUCAGCGAGCAUUAUUUCGGAAAAGAACGCAAACUUUCUCGAGAUAAUUUCCGUACUUUCGUAUCGAUCUUAUCGAAUCGCCUGUUCUUUGCUGGAACUACGCAAACAGCUAAGCUCCUACAGCCCCACAUACCCGUUUACUUUUACUACUUCAACUUCAAAGCCGAAUACGGAAUCGGCGAAAUGUUUUCCGGAUCCAACGAAAAUUACGGUGUCGCACAUGGAGACGAUACGCUGCUCGUCUUUCCUUCCAGCCUGCGCGAUGAGCAUCCAUUGAACCGGGAAGAACUUAAAGUGGUUUCCAAUUUUGUUACACUUUAUGAAAUGUUCUCGCAAGGACUGGAACCAAAAUACGGCGCCCAUCCGUUGCCUGUACAAAACGAGACAGGACAACUGCGAUACCUGGAAAUAGGGGACCCGGACUGCGAAGUGUGCACCGGUGUAAAAACAGCAUACGGCGUGAGCGACGAACGCUUCUGGGACAAGCUCGAUUUCAACGAACUUCCCGUUGGAUCGAAGGUAGUACAGCCAGAGCCACGUCACACUGAACUGUGAUUAGAUUCAGACCAAAUGCUCGGAGCUUCGAACAAAAGCAACUGGUUUGUUCCCUAGGAAAUACUGCAUGUGUUGGAAGAUCGAUGGGUGGGGUCAUUAGAACAUUUUCGAUGAUAACCGAGCGAGACGCGUAACUGUUUGAAUUAAAGUAAAACAAAAUCGAUAAGAAUCAU